AAUUUACCAAUUUAAUAUCAUUUCAUUUUUAAUUCAUAUAUUAUGUAUAUUUUAAUAUAAAUAGACAAUAAUUAUAAAAUUUAUAAAAAUUUAGCAUAUAAUUUUAUUUUAUUUUGUUUUAUGAUAAAUUUUUAUUUAAAAGUAAUUAUAAUAAUAUUUUAUUACUAAUUACGAAAUUAUUCAAUUUAUUAAUUUAAAAAAUAUUCCCUAAAAUUAAUCCAUAUUGCUUACUCAAAGCGAAAUCUACAAAUGUUCGUAUUGAAGAAAUGUGCAGCUCACUUUUAGAUUCCUUACCUUAAAGACCAUUUUGUACUUUAGAAACAAAAUAUUGAACAACGACCAGCUACGUGGCAACAAGCCAUCCAAAGGCCAAAUAAUGGGCAGUUUCGUAGUUAUCAUUUAUCACUUUGCCGUUAGGCACCGUUGCUGGGAAUGAAACACAUUCAAGACACUUGUCUGAAUAUGAACAUCAUUAUUUGCUUACCAAAACAAAAGGAGACUAGGAAAAAAAAAAUUGUGCUAUAAAAUGGAGAUGAACCCGAUAGGAUUUCGCCACCAUCUUUUGCAGCCGCAUAAUUUAUAUCUCCCAAUCUGUAACUCAACAUUGUUCUCAUGGCUGAUUUAAACUUACGGCAGUUUCCCCCUCCUCCUUACGCAACGAGUACGACGCAGACCUUGUUCAACCCCCAAGAGGACUUACCGGGACCGAGAUGUGGUCAUACACUCACGGCAGUUUAUCACCGCCUAAUCCUCUUCGGCGGGGUUACUUUAGUCCCGAGCGGUGGAUCCGAUAACAGUUUACAAUGUUUAACCAAUUCAGUAUACUGUCUCAAUUCCUUAACCAAGAAGUGGACAAGGGUUUAUCCAGAAGGUGAGCCUCCAUCUCCUAGGACUAAUCAUGCAGCCGUCUCAUGUGGCGAUGGGGUCAUUAUUCAGGGUGGAAUUGGUCCAUCAGGCAUUUGUAACGGAGAUCUCCACGUCCUUGACAUGAGUAGUGAUACGUUCAAAUGGAAAAAAGUGGUGGUUCAAGAGGGUAUGGCUCCAUGUCCUCGCUAUGGCCAUGUAAUGGGUUUAGCUGGGGAAAAGCUUGUUAUAUUCGGUGGAAUCAACGAAGGAAAUUUGGUUCUCGCCGAUACAUGGGCAUUGAAUACGACUAGGCACCCAAAUGUGUGGGAAAUAUUGUACCCAUAUGGGGACCUGCCUUGUGGAAGAGUGUAUGCUUCUGCUAGUAGUACUCGAGAUCAUCGUUAUUUUAUGCUCAACGGGGGAAGGGACCAACAUGGGAUGCCACUGGGAGAUACUUACAAGCUGGAACCAUUUAGCAGUAGUGGUUUUUGGGUGUGGACUCGUAGUCCACACUUAGAUCUUUCCAAGAGAUACCAACAUGCAGCGGUUUUUGUAAAUCUGCGAUUGCAUGUCUUUGGGGGUGCGCUGAGUAAUACUCACCUAGUCGAUGCUGAAGAAGCUGUUUCAGUGCUUGAUACUUCUACUGGUGUAUGGGUUGAUACUUCUAAUGAAGUUAUGCGACGUAGUCUCCAUGCUGCUGCAUCGAUUGGCAGCCGCAUAUAUGUGUAUGGUGGGAUUAGAGAAGGUGUAUUACUCGACGAUUUACUAAUCUCUGGAGAACUUUUAAGUUCUGGACCAACAGUCCCAUCCUUUUUGUGGAGAUCUCAAAACACUCCAAGGCCGCCUGCGAGUGACAUGAACGAUGGUUAUAAGCCAAAUUUCUCCAGAGAGAAGUUACAUGACUUGGUUAACAAGGUCAUCUCAACCUUGUUAAGACCUCAAACUUGGGAACCUCCUGUCGAUAGAAAGUUCUUUUUGAGCUUCCCUGAAUUGGCUGAACUGUGCUUCGCUGCGAAGCAAAUCAUCGAGCAAGAGCCAACAGUGUUGCAACUAUAUGCUCCAAUAAAAGUCUUUGGAGAUCUCCAUGGUCAAUUCGGUGAUCUGAUGCGGCUAUUUUACGAGUAUGGAUAUCCUUCAAGGCAAGGAGAUAUCGCGUAUAUUGAUUAUUUAUUUUUGGGAGAUUAUGUUGACCGAGGAAAACACAGCUUAGAGACCAUAAUAUUGCUGCUUGCUUUGAAGGUUGAAUAUCCGAAGAACAUCCAUUUGAUCCGUGGAAAUCAUGAGGCUGAAGCGACGAAUACAGUGUAUGGCUUCCUAGAUGAAUGCAUAGAAAGAAUAGUACGUGUCUGUCAAUCUGUUCACAGAAUAUAUAUUUUCUACUUGUUCUUGGCUAAUGAAGUAAUGAUAAUCUUUUUCUCUGUAAACCACCAGGAGUGUAACGAUGGGAAUCGUGCAUUUAAAUUGAUUAAUGAUUUUUUCAGUCAUCUUCCCCUUGCUGCCCUAAUCGAGAAGAAAAUUUUCUGUGUACACGGUGGGAUUGGUUCCUCAGUAUUCACAAUGGAACAGAUUACAAAUAUCAAGAGGCCCGUUGAUAUGGAUUGCGAAUAUAAUUACAAAGUUGUCAAAGACUUAUUAUGGUCUGAUCCUACAGCGCAUGAUAGCAUUUUGGGCAUAGGAGUAAAUGAAAGAGGGUCCCAUAUUGUCUCUUUUGGGCCUGAUAGGGUCAAUGCAUUUUGUGAGAGGAAUGAUAUAGAUAUGAUUAUAAGAGGGCACGAGUGUGUACUUGAUGGUUUCGAAAGAUUUGCACAAGGAAAACUCAUUACUGUUUUUUCUGCUACAAACUACUGCGGAAAGUUCAAAAAUGCUGGAGCAAUAUUAGUUAUCGGUAGAAAUCUAGACGUUGUUCCUAAGUUGAUUCAUCCUCUUCCACCUCCCAUCUCACCUUCAGAAAACGUUCCGGACAAAGCAUGGAUUGAGGUAAGACCUUCUGGACCAGUAUUAUAUAGAUCAUAUGAUCAAACAUGUUUCGGUUGUUGUUUAGAUUUAUUUUUCUUUCUGCUCCCAGUUAUCUCUGUAUAUCUUCACAAAUUUAAAAGUUUGGUAUAAAAUUUAACAUUUUUACCAAAAAAAAACAUGUUUCUGUUGCUGAGUUUAAAUAUUGUUUUAUAGGUGGACAGAGAGAGGCCGCCUACUCCAAUUCGCGGGCAACGAAAGCCUGACUUUGAGCAAGGCUCAACUUCAUAAAGAAGAGAUUUUUUAUUGGGAAGUUGCGGUUGAAGAGGUGAAAGCGUUCGUCUGCAUGUCACAAUAGUGUGGAAGAAACUUAUGAUUAUCAUUUAUCUAGUCCCUAGCUUUUGUUUUCUUAUAACUUUUAAAGAACUUGUUUUACAACUUUAUUUGGUAUUUGAUGGGAGACUCAAGUUUCAAAGUGGAUAAUUUCUUGACCAUUUUAAGAAUAAUUUUCAUAAUAUGCAAAUCUCCUAAAUAGAUUCCCUAGCUUUUGUUUUCUUAUAACUUUUAAAGAACUUGUUUUACAACUUUAUUUGGUAUUUGAUGGGAGACUCAAGUUUCAAAGUGGAUAUUUUCUUGACCAUUUUAAGAAUAAUUUUCAUAAUAUGCAAAUCUCCUAAAUAGAUUUUUAUUUUUUUUUAUUUAAAAAUAGCACACAUAUGGCAAAGUGAGCAAAAUAGGUUUUACUAAAAGGUUAAGCGACAAUUAUAUCUUCAUUCAUAAAUAUAUACUGAGUGUUCUACCCGCAUAUGCGGGCAUAGUGUUCUUAUAAAUAUUUAUAUAUUUAUAACUAUUAAAUCAAAACUAACAUAAUAAAUUAUUAAUUAUGUUUUUAAAAAAGAUAAAUCAAACACUAAAAUUUAUAUUUUAUAAUAGAAAUAAAUAUUUUCAGAUAAAAACACAACAUAUUUAGGAAUUAUCUUAUGUUUUAAAAAUAUAUUUUAUUUUUGAAAAUUUUAUUAUAUUUACUUAUAGUCAAUUAUCUAAUAUAACAUAUAAAUAAAAUAUUAUUAAUAUAUAUUCAUUAGUUUUUAUCAAAAUAUAUAAAUGGUUAUUGGUGUGUUAAAUUUUAAGAACAUUCGCAUAUUAGAAUUAUUUUAGAAAAUCAUUAGCAUUUAAUUAUAAUUUUUUUUAUAUCUAACUAUAAAUUUUAUAAUAAAAUAUUAUUUUCAGAUAACAACAUAAUAUAUCUAAGAAUUAUCUUAUGUUUUAAAACAUGUUUUUACUUUUUAAUCAGAUAGAUUUGAAAUUCUUUUUUAUUUUUUGAUUAAUUUAGAUAAUUUAUUCAUUAAGGGUAUAAAUGAUAUUAACCGCUCUAACUUUUAACGUGAGACUAGGUGUUCUACCCGCAUAUACGGGCAUAGUAUUCUUAUAAAUAUUUAUAUAUUUAUAACUAUUAAAUCAAAACUAACAUAAUAAAUUAUUAAUUAUGUUUUUAAAAAGAUAAAUCAAACACUAAAAUAUAUAUUUUAUAAUAGAAAUAAAUAUUUUCAGAUAAAAACACAACAUAUUUAGGAAUUAUCUUAUGUUUUAAAAAUAUAUUUUAUUUUUGAGAAUUUUAUUAUAUUUACUUAUAGUCAAUUAUCUAAUAUAACAUAUAAAUAAAAUAUUAUUAAUAUAUAUUCAUUAGUUUUUAUCAAAAUAUAUAAAUGGUUAUUGGUGUGUUAAAUUUUAAGAACAUUCGCAUAUUAGAAUUAUUUUAGAAAAUCAUUAGUAUUUAAUUAUAAUUUUUUUUAAAUCUAACUAUAAAUUUUAUAAUAAAAUAUUAUUUUCAGAUAACAACAUAAUAUAUCUAAG